AUGUCAUUCUCUAUACUGAUAAAUAGAAUAGUGUUGGAGGAUGGAAAAGGAUUGGUUGGUGCAUCUGACUUGAGACAUAUUUUGACAAAUUUAGGUGAAAGAUUGAAUGAGGAUCAAGUUGAGGAGAUGUUGAAACAAGCAGUAGGAUCGGGUGAUGGCGCAAUCAACUAUGAACCAUUCGUACGAAAUAUGUUAAAGAAAUAA